GUCUUUUAAAAGACAGCAGCUCAGCUACAAGUGUGUGUCAUCCGAAAGAAAACUCUGGGUGCUGUUCAUUAGUCAUGAAUCCUGUUCAGUGCUUUGGGUUAUUGCUGAUGGCAACAUGCACAUUUGCCUAUAUUCAGGGGGGACCCAGCUCUCUGUCAGUGUAUGCCCUACGCUUGGGACCAGGAGAAGAAAUAGUCACAUCAUUGUUUAAAUUUGUGCAAGAGAAGGAACUGAGAGCUCCGUUUGUUAUUACAUGUGUGGGCAGUGUCACCAAAGCAACACUUAGACUGGCUAAUGCAGAUGCGGUGAAUAGCAAUGAGAUAAUCCAUUUAAAUGAAAAAUUAGAAAUUGUUUCUUUGGUUGGAACACUAAAUGAGCAUGCUCACUUGCACAUCUCCCUGUCUGAUAAAGAAGGAAGGACCAUCGGUGGCCAUGCUAUGGGAGAUCUGGAGGUCUUCACAACUGUUGAGAUAGUGAUUGGGGAACUCAGUGACCUUCAAUUCACUCGGGAGAUGGAUGAACGCACGGGCUUCCCAGAACUCGUCAUUAGUCCUCGAAAGGAAAACACUACCUUUGCCUAGCUUCUAAAUUAUUUACCAUUUUUCCUUCCCAGCCACUGAAUGAUAUCAAUUUGUUUCAGAGCAUGUCCUUAGACUGCUCUUUGCAUUAUUGUAUUGAUUUUAACCAUCUGAUCACUCACAACAUAAUCAGUCAUGUAUGAAAUACACACGGCAAAAUCAUCUCAAUAAAUUCUUUAAAUGUCUUGUCAUUAAUUUCCGCUGUUUAUCAACCCAGGCUGCCUUUAAUGUUUGGGGAUUUUUCUUCUCUUGCCAGCCGUUCUGCUGAGAUUUUAUGAGACUGAUUGCCCCAGAGAGGGUAUAGGACAGCCACAAUUGCUCAGAGGGCUAAUGAAUGUACUGUUUGCUCAUCUUUAUAUGGUUACUAGAACACUAAUUGGGAGGGACAGAGUGAACAAGCGCAGAGGAGCAGUUAUCUGAUAUGC